CACCUCAAUCAUUCUCAUUCAUAUUCACCUCAUCGGUUAUACACUCUGUCUGUCCACUUACCUUAGGCCUUAGCUACCUACAUUUCUCUCACGCUCCGAACCCGGAACCCGCAUGGAUCUAUACGACCCGAACCGCUUCUUCGGCGUCCCACCCCAAAACCGCACCUCCGACGACGACGACCUCAUCGAAGACGACGUCGUUUUCUCCCUCAACGACCUCACCGAACCCUCCUCCCCCUCCCACCGCCGCAAGGGUUUCGCCUCCGGAAUCCUCGCCGCGCUGCCUGGAAACGACGACGCUUCUCCGCACUUCUUCCAAAAGGCUCCGGUUUCCGUUUCUGUUCCUGUGCCUUCCUCCUCGCGCCCCAUCCCGAGACCGCGGACGGACCGGACUCCAACUUCGCCGGCCAGGUUCCACCAGUCGGCGCCGGUGAACGUGCCGGUCAUGUCGCCGGGGAUGAUGAAGGCUGCACGGAGGCGUCUUGAGUCUGACGAAGAUGAAGGUGAUGCAGCGGCGGAGGAGGAGGACGGGGAGAUGAUGCUGCCUCCGCAUGAGUUGGUGGCGAGAAACUCGGCGGUGCUGGCGUGCUCUUGUCUUGAAGGAGUUGGGAGAACGCUGAAAGGGAGAGACCUGCGGCGGGUUCGGAAUGCUGUUUUGCGACAAACAGGUUUCCUUUGAAUCAAACCUUAACUGCGACUAAAUCCCAAAUCUGGGUGCAUGUGCAUCCAAAGGGUGACCAGUACCGGAUAUUUAUGAAAAAAAAAAACCGUUAGAUUUUCUAUUUUCCCUUUGAUUCCCAACAUUAAAAACAUGUGAAUUCAUUUGGGAAAUGGCAAAAAGCAUAAAACCCCAAUUUGAAUGAAUGUGAAAUUGAAGACAAAACAAUAAUGGUUACUGUGUAUAUUAUUAUUGUAGGAAACAAAGCCUUACCACUUUGUUAUUGGCUUGUUGGUGUUUGAUUUCCCUGAUAUAUAUGUAUUAGGAGAUGAUGCUUUGCUACUUUGUAAUUGUAUGUAUUUGUUGUAUUCUUAUUCAAUGAACAGAUAUAUACUUUUAUUUUUCCAAA